AUGAAGCUCACUCUUGUUUUCACCACUCUCCUCUCGGCGUCGUCCGUCUACGCUGUCUCCCAGAAGGUCACACAGGCAGAAUACAAUGACUGGGAGCACUGCCUCACCGAGAUGCUGGGGCGCUUUGACCAGGGAGAUUCCGGUGACGGGCCGACCUGUGAUUACUGGACCUGCCUGCACGGUCAGGCCAGCAAGUACGGCCGCGGUGGUAUCCUAACUGGUACCUCCAAUGCUUUGACAGCCGUCUGCGGGGUCGACAACUUGGCCAACCACGUUGCCGGUUGGUUCGGCGUUAAAAUCUAA